UCAUUGCUCCUAGUUUGAGCUAAUUCUGUGGUGAUUUAUUUGGUCUUAAAUUUAUAUAGGUGCUUGAUUAAGAUCAUCUUGCAAUUACUUCGCAAUUUCCGGAGGGCUAUUUUUCGACAUCUAGAGGAUCUAAUAUGGAUCCAGUUUUGCCAACUUUCUUCGGGAUCAUUUACUACUUGCUUCCAAGCAAUCUUGGUAGCGUAGUUCCAUCACCAUUAUGAGGGCCUUGUUCACUUCAUGCUUGUACAUCGAUUUCUUGGCUGCUGAGUAUAGCUGGCAAUUUAUUCACAUUUAUGGUAAUGAUCUUGAAGAGGCUAGGUGCACUUCUGCAGCAGUGCUCCAAAACCAAGGCUUCCGACCAUGGCGCCACCAUUCAUGCUGUUAUCAUCAAAAUGGGUUUGGGAUCUGACCUCGUUCUCUCGAACCAUCUAAUCAACAUGUAUGCUAAGUGCAACAAUUUUAAGGCUGCACAUAAAGUUUUUGAUGAGAUGCCCAACAGAAACCUUGUUUCAUGGUCGGCUAUAAUUGCUGGCUAUGAUCAGUCUGGCAAACCUUUGAUGGCUUUAGACGUCUUUGCUCGAAUGCGACUCCAGCCCAAUGAAUACAUCUAUGCCAGUGUACUCAGUGCAUGUGCAAGCAUGUUGGCCCUGAACCAGGGCAAACAGGUUCAUGCCCACUCACUUAAGUCUGGAUAUGAUAACAUUUCUUUCGUUUCGAACUCUCUCAUGUCCAUGUACGUAAAAUGCGGUUGCUUUGAUGAUGCCUUCAUCAUCUUUAGCAGUGUCACAGAACCCAAUUCUGUAUCUUAUAAUGCAAUGAUCACAGGUUUUGCGGAGAACUCGCAACUUGACAAAGGUCUGGAGCUGUUCAGACUAAUGAACCGACGAGGUCUGCAUCCAGAUCAGUUCUCUUAUGUGGCUGUGUGUGGAAUUUGCACCAGCUUAGAGGAUUUGGAAACAGGACGAGGACUCCAUUGUCAAACGAUCAAGCUCGGGCUUGACAGUUCAGCAUUUGUUGGCAAUGUUAUUUUGACCAUGUACUCAAGAUGCAGUUCCAUGGAACAGGUGGAAAGAGUCUUCCAGUCAAUCACAGAGAAGGAUGUUAUUACAUGCAAUACAUACAUUGUUGCAUGUUCCCAUUGUGGAGAACAUGCCAAAGGUUUGAUGGUUUAUAGAGAGAUGGAGAUGAUGGAAAAUGCCUUUGGCAUCAGGCCGGAUGACUUCACAUUAGCCAGUGCCCUGGCUGCCUGUGCUGAGCUUGCUUUAAUCCAGUAUGGUCGUCAGAUCCAUGCUCGUCUUAUCAGAACUAGGGUUGAUUUAGAUGUUGGAGUUGGUAAUUCGAUCAUCAACAUGUAUGCCAAGUGCGGUUGCAUUGCAUAUUCUCACAAUGUAUUUCAACGCCUCCUCAAUCGAAAUCUGGUUUCUUGGAACACAAUGAUUGUUGGGCUUGGAAAUCAUGGCUAUGGGAAGAAUGCUGUUGAAAGUUUUGAGCAGAUGAAGACAGCAGGUGCAAAACCGGACUCUGUCACAUUCAUUGGGCUUCUAACAGCUUGCAGUCAUGCAGGAUUAGUAGAUCAAGGUUUAGCUUAUUAUAAUUCCAUGCAAGAAAUUCAUUCUGUAUCUCCCAAAAUUGAGCAUCUGUCUUGUUUGGUUGAUAUGCUGGGUCGAGCUGGGAGAUUAGAAGAGGCUGAAAUGUAUGUUCAAGUUUCUCCUUUUGUAAAUGAUUUGGUCAUUUGGGGUAGCUUGCUUUCUUCAUGUCGGCUUUAUAAAGAUGUCAUUGUUGGGGAAAGGGUAGCAAGAAAGCUGUUGGAGCUUCAACCUAGCACGAGUUCCCCAUAUGUGCUCUUGUCAAGUUUGUAUGCAUCAGAUGGGAGAUGGGAUGGAGUUGCAGAAGCGAGGAGGCUAUUGAAGGGUAGUGGAGUGAAGAAAGAACCGGGUCAUAGCUUAAUUGAAGUAAAGGGCAGUUGCGAAAAGUUUACAGCUGGAGAUUUUUCGCAUGCUAGAAUUGAAGAAAUAAUAGAGACCUUGGAUAAUUUAAAUUUGAAGGCAAAGAAGUUUUAUUUAUAGCUAUUUUUUUCAUUCUUUAAUUUAUCUAUUGUUAGCUUGAUGAAGUAAAGAUGUUGUAUCAGACUUUAUAUUUUGUUACAGUGCAAUCAAACUCCUGACAGAUAU